CAGCAGAGUAUAUACUGAAUAAUAAUUUCUAGAGAUGGCUGCUAAUAGUUUAGCACUACUUCAAGUGGUCACCAAAUGCUCUUUGCAGAAGCCUUCACGUCCAACCAAACUUGAGCACUCCAGGAAUCCACUCUCGUCUACUUUCAAGCCAAUAUUACUGAGGGAGUUGGACCAUUUUCCAAAUCUUUCAUUAGACGUUCCAAAAGCUAUCAAAGACACUUCGUUCAAUUUAUUGGAAGCUUUUGUUGACUUUACAUGUGAAUUCGUUGACCAACCAUUGCUUCCAUCUAAGAGUAAUUUUGCACCGGUGGAAGAGAUGAUAGAAGGUACAACCGUAGGAAUAGUUGAAGGGAAAAUUCCAGAUGAUUUUCCAGAGGGUGUUUACGUAAGAAACGGGCCAAAUCCUCUAUUUGGAGGACUGAAAUCGACGAGAUCUAUAUUUGGUGAAUCGAGCCAUAUGUGGAUUGAGGGUGAAGGAAUGGUUCAUGCUCUCUACUUAAACAAAGAGAAUGGCGGAAAAUGGAAGGCGUUGUACAAGAACAAAUAUGUCCAGACAGAUAGCUAUAAUAUGGAAAGGGUUCGAAAGAAACCAGGUUUUCUUCCUGCUAUUCAAGGCGAUUCUAACGCUCACUACAAGAAAUUCAAUUUUUUGCAACGACAUUUAGUGGCAACUUGGUUAAUUGAUACAAAAGAUGUGCCUUUUGUGGCGACUUUUAAACUCGCUACAAAUUAG